GAAGCCACGCCCCCGCUCGGAAUAGAACCUGCCGUUAGACAGAUCACGCCCCUGACACUCGUCAGCCAUUUUGAAGACCUCGAUAGCCACGCCCAUUUAGGUUUCCCGCCUUCUCCUGUGAGGAAAUUCGAUAAAAGUAGUAACAUUCUAAAUGGCUGACUCGGAGCUGGAACACAGGGAAGUACUUGACGAAUCUGCAAAUUCAAAUACUAUUAGAGCUGAACGGGCAGGUCCAUCUAAUAGCCAGACUUCCUCUAGCAAGUCGGGCUCCUCCUUAUCCAGUCCUGGACCUGAUGCAGCAACCACCAGCAGCACCAAUGAAGGGAAGACUUUCAAUUACUUUGCUUCUUUGGACGCCAAUGUAGAGGCGCUGCAGAGCCGUGCUCAAUGCCUGAUUGAUAAAAUAAAUGAAGGGCGCAGCAUGGACCAAACAUUGAUGAAAAACUUUAACACAAACCUCAACAUAAAGGUGGCAGAACUGUCUCAGUGUCUUGAAGACAGAAUGUACCAGAUGUAUGAAGAAAACAACACACAACUACAGGUCAGGCUGCAGGAGCUCACCGACAUCAUAGAAAGGAUUGGGCAGCUGCAGGCUGAGCUCAAACAAGUGUGUCAGACUGUGGUUACCGUCUACAAAGACCUAGGCUUACAACAUGACAGCUGAAUAUACAGACAGCAGGGACUCCACAUUGUGCAGGUAACAUUAUCCUUGCCAUAAAUAUCUAACAUCAGAUUUGGGGACUUUACAUACCGGAAGUUGGAUGUUUUCUUCUCAAUACUAAAGUAUUUUGUGUUUUGGA